CAUGGGCAAUAGCCCCCAUCAGUCCCAUCCAGAUCUUUUGUUGCCUCCCCCACAUUUUUCUCCCGCAGUUCGUCCUCGCUUGAUCUGCUUAGACUGCCAUGGACCUGGCGAUUUAUGGUCCAGCUCCUGCCAGGUCCACCAGGUCCUACCCACCAUCGGAGCUUCCACCGAAUGCAAACUGGGCUGGCACCAUGGUUUUGCAGACCUGCAUCUGCUUCCAAGCUGUGUAACGCCAACUGCUUGUAUAAAGCCAGUGCCUCCAACCAGACACUAGAUUCCUUCUUCAAACUCUCCAUCGUCUAUCGUCAUUCGCUCUACCGUUGAUCACGCAAUUGUCUGUCGUGUCUGUACCUCCAAGAUACUCACCACAGAGUCACUCGCUUGUAUACCUCUCAACACCUUAUCCCACCACCGCCACUAUGCGUGCCUUCACUGCCACCACCCUGGGUCUUUUGUCGCUUCUCCACUUGUCGGCAGCACAGACACCGACUUUGCCAGCAUGUGCAACCAGCUGUGCCCUCACUGCCAUUGGUAGCACUGGAUGUUCCGUGACUGAUGCCGCAUGUAUCUGCUCGGCCACCAGCUUCCUUGAGAGUGUCCAGGCCUGCAUCACCACCGCCUGCAGUGCCGCAGACCAGCAAGCUACGCUCGAGUAUGCCCAAUCUUUCUGCCUUUCUGGCGGUGUCACCAUCACUCUCCCCACUGGAGCAGCCCCAGCCCCAACCAGCUCUGAGGCCGCUGUGACGAGCGCCAGCGCACCAGCUUCGGUUCCUGCUACAACCUCCGCAACCGAGUCGGUUGAGCCAUCCACCACCAGCGCCCCCCCAUCUGCCUUCACUGGUGGUGCUAAUGUCAUGAAGCAACAAUGGGCGGUCAUGGGCAUGCUCGGCCUUGGUGUCGCUGCUGUCUUGUAAAUGGUCUAGCUGAGAUGCUGGCCAUGAUUGCGACAGCCACCGAUCCUGAAAAUGUGACCGCUCGUAUUGACAUGUUCGAAUCCACCCACCACUUGUGGACCAAACAAGAAUGGGCUUGAUACAACAGCAACUGUUGCAAUAUUACGAGUACUUUAUCUACCGAAACUAUGUAGUAAUGAAAGACGGACGAGAAGAAAAAUAAUAAUCAAACGUGAAUUUCAA